UGUUGGGCCGCCGCUGGUGUGGAAGCUGGGGGCUGGAGGGCCUGGUCAGGCUGCGGCUUUCGACCCCCUUUCUCCCGGCCUUACCGCGGUGUCCGUCCGCCGCCGCCCUUCCCCACCCCUGCCGCCCCAAGACUCGCGAAGUCCCCUUAAAGAAGAAGCCCUCAGAAGGUUCUCUCUUAAGAAGAUAAAGAAGGUAGUAGAAACAAGCCUUCUGAGCUUUUCCAGCCCUACAUGGCCGCAGAAUCAGGAAAGUCUUCAGCCCCAUCCCCACCCAACCAGGCUCCUGAGGAGGACCUUGUAAUUGUUAAGGUCGAGGAAGAUCAUGGCUGGGACCAGGAAUCCAGUCGACAUGAACACAACCCUCCUGGCCAAGAGUUGUUCCGCCUGCGGUUCAGGAGGCUGUGCUACCAGGAGACCCGAGGACCCCGAGAAGCCCUGAUCCAGCUCCGGGCACUUUGCCACCAGUGGCUGCGGCCAGAUUUGAACAGCAAGGAGCAGAUCCUGGAGCUCCUGGUGCUGGAGCAGUUCCUGAGCAUCCUGCCCGCGGAGCUGCAGUCCCUGGUGAAGGAGCAUCAGCUGGAGAGUGGGGAGGAGGUGGUUACCCUGUUGGAGGAUCUGGAGAGGCAGAUUGAUAUACUAGGACGACCAGUCCCGGCUCGUGCACAUGGACACAGGGCCCUCUGGGAGGAGGUGGUGCACUCGGAAGUUGCACCAGAGCCCCCAGACGCUCAGCUCCAGCCUACGGAAACCCGGCACGCGGCCCCCAUGCUCCACGGGCCCCGAGACAGAGCCGCAUCUGCAUCUCAGAGCCCCACCCCUUCCCAAGAAGGAAGUCCUGGAGACCAGGUGACGGCGUCACUUCUUACAGCAGGGUUCCAGACUUUGGAGAAGAUCGAAGACAUGGCCGUGUCCCUGAUUCGAGAGGAGUGGCUUCUUGACCCAUCCCAGAAAGACCUGAGUGGAGAUGACAGGCCAGAGAAUUACAGAAAUGCGUUCACCCUGGGUGGUGAGACCAAGAAUGAUAACAGGGAAUUAGCUUCGAAACAGGUAACAUCCACCGGAGUCCAACUACAUGGAGAGAGAGCUGCCAAAUGUAAUGGGGAUGUUAUCGGGAGUCUCCAGCGUGGAGAAGCCCAAGACGUGGGCAGAUUGGACAGGCAUCGGGGAAACCCCACCCAGGAGAGACGGCACAAAUGUGAUGAAUGUGGGAAGAGCUUUGCUCAGAGCUCAGGCCUCGUUCGCCACUGGAGAAUCCACACUGGGGAGAAACCCUACCAGUGCAAUGUGUGUGGGAAAGCCUUCAGUUACAGGUCAGCCCUUCUUUCCCAUCAGGACAUCCACAACAAAGUAAAACGCUAUCACUGUAAGGAGUGUGGCAAAGCCUUCAGUCAAAACACAGGCCUGAUCCUGCACCAGAGAAUCCACACUGGGGAGAAGCCGUAUCAGUGCAACCAGUGCGGGAAGGCUUUCAGUCAGAGUGCGGGCCUUAUUCUGCACCAGAGAAUCCACAGUGGGGAGAGACCCUAUGAAUGUAAUGAGUGUGGGAAAGCCUUCAGUCAUAGCUCACACCUCAUUGGACAUCAGAGGAUCCACACUGGGGAGAAGCCCUAUGAGUGUGAUGAGUGUGGAAAAACCUUCAGGCGGAGCUCACAUCUUAUUGGCCACCAGAGAAGCCACACUGGGGAGAAACCCUACAAAUGCAAUGAGUGUGGGAGGGCCUUCAGUCAGAAGUCAGGCCUUAUUGAGCAUCAGAGAAUCCACACUGGAGAAAGGCCCUAUAAAUGCAAAGAAUGUGGGAAAGCCUUCAACGGGAACACUGGCCUCAUUCAGCAUCUGAGAAUCCACACAGGGGAGAAGCCCUAUCAGUGUAAUGAGUGUGGGAAAGCCUUUAUUCAGAGGUCGAGUCUCAUUCGACAUCAAAGAAUCCACAGUGGAGAGAAACCUGAGUCCAUUGGAGUUUAGGGGAAGACAUGAGUCAUAGUUUGGGCAUUACUCAACAUUAAAGGAACCACAUGCAGGUGACAGUUCUUUCAGUGCAAAAAAAAGGCAGAAAGUUUAUCCUCGCUGCGAGCCGAUGUAGGGUCAGAAUCGGUAGUGGUCGCAAUUAGAAUAGGUCUUGAGUAGGUGGGUCCACUGCCUCGGUGCAGGUUGAUUAGUCUGACUGUCCUGGGAGGUGUCUGAUGGCCCAAUGUACCCUGUAGAAGCUUAAAGAGCAUUAGAGUGGCUGGCGGCACCUAACUUUGUCUUCUGGGUGAGUAGCUAUAGAGCAAGGCUGCUCCUGGCUCCCCUGCUUCUCCUUGUGCGCCCCGCCCCGCCACCCCUCCCCGGUUAUUCCCUUGAAGGGAGACAUGUGCUCCUCAUCUACCCAGGAAGCUGCUUUAGAGUUUAAAGCAGCCUCUAUGUGAGGCUUCAAUUUGUAGUUAGCAUUCUAAGAUCCUAGUUCUAGGGAAAUUUUUACAGACACAAUGUAUUUAUGUUUCAGUGUGCAUUUUAUUCUGAUGUUCUUGGUGGUCCGUGGAAGUUCGUAUUCCCACGCAAACUCAGAACAGCACUCCAGAGUCUUGCUUCCAUCAUCUUCACUGACUCCACUGUAGUCAUUGCACACCCCACGUAUCCUUGUCCAGGUCCCAAGGCAGCCAAGGAAGUGACGCCUUAGUGAGGGUUCUUGGAUUCUACAGAGAAAGGUGAGUGCAGACAGCCCAGCCCGGCUGCUCUCACGUGUGGAUGAUUGGCCCUUGUGGUGACAUCUGGCUCUCCUUUCCGCCUCCACACUGCAUGCUCUGGUACAGGUGGGUGUUUUACACCAUCAUAGUUAAUGGCGUCACAUGGAAAGAGACAGGCUUGAGGAGGAUAUACAAAUCCUCACACAGAAUGUGUACUCACUCCUCUGGCCCAUGCCAGCACCAGUCUCAUAGGUUCCUGACUAAAUAGUCAGUCCCUCUUGUCAUUGCCCUGGACUCCCUUUUCAGGUGGCCGGCACCUCUUUCUCCAUCCUCGUCUUGCCAUGAGCUUAUCUGUCACACUGGUGAUCUCUCAAGUACCUCACCUCACAGUGGCUCAUUCUUCUCAAUUUGGCACAUCCCACCUGUAACCCAGCAGAGACAACACUAAACUCAUCAUCACCAGGACUGCCUUUCAUCUUGGAGGCUGGUUUAAAGUAGCAUCAGGGCUCACGCAUCCACACAGGUGUCCUUUCAGCUGGGUGGUUGUGGCUAUUCCGGUGGUGCUACUGUUGAGCAGUGGCAACUGCUCCAGACACCCCCAUGUGAUAAGCUACACAGGGAAACUACAUUACUUUAGAAUCACAUCUUGUUUUCAACUGUUUGAUUAUCCACUUAUUCACCAGAUUUGGAAUCGAGUAACUUUUGGUUAUUUCCAACGUCUUUCAUAAUGGGCAUCAGUUCCAUUAAUCCUACUCAGAAAAGGAGGAUACAAGUCCUGCUGAAAACUCCAAGAAAAGUUACAUGACUUCGCACUGUGACUAUUCCGAACAGGGACAGCACUUAACUGUUAUUUUUUGAUUGAUAUUUUUUAGAAAUCAGUCAUAAAAUGUGACAUCAUAGAGGUCCCCCUUUGGGAUCAUAAAUUCCUUCCUUGUAAUAUCCUUUCCUCCCCUUUGGCUUACCUUCACCACAAACACCAAGGUUACCUACACCUAUUUGAUUGAGUUACUGGUUCCCCACUGUCAUUUGUCAUCCUGGUUCCCUUGGUGAACUUUUCAAGAGAGUGCUUUCGCGUGCGUGCGUGUCUGUAUCUGUGUGCACGUGCUCAUGUGCCAGCGCAGAGAGGUUUAUUUUGGUACAUGUCCUUUAUCCCCCUCUCUCUCUGUUUCUCUCUCCUGUGGAUUAUCAUUCCUAAUUCUCUUGUACUUGAAAUUUCGAGAAACCAGAAAUGAACCUGGUUGUCUCUAGAUCUGUGCUCUCUGCUUCAGUUGUGCCUUACGCUCUGUAAGAGACUAAUUCUGCCUGAGGCCCAGUGCUGCCUGUCUGCAAGUAUCACGUAGGAUGGACAUGGGAGAAUAUGUAGCAUCUGGCAGAAAUUCAGAGAAAAUAAAAUAUGACCAGAGAGAUCAGUGUUAUACUGGGUAAAUGUGAAAAAAGGGCGACUUGAAGGAACCAUCAGUGCUGACUCAGCACCUGAUUAAAGGGCUCAGUAGUAAAAGAGUGACACACAGGAAGUCCCUUUAUCCUGCAGAUUUUGUUUUUAUGGUCUUAAUCUGCAGUGAACUGCUCACCAGUAUACUUCCUCUGCCUCCUCAGCUCCUCCUUUUAAAUGGACCUUGAAUGACAAAAUGGUUAUUCCAGAACUCCACUGCCACCCAACAUAGUCCUGGGAGUUUGCCUCCCCUGAGCAAGGUAUUGGUGCUAUAAUGUGGGGGUUGGCUCCCCUGUGGAGCUGUGAGCUUUACUCGUAGUUCUGAGGCUCUAGAUGAUGUGACUGAUGUUUACUGAGCACUUGGUGUGCACUGGACCCUAUGUUAAGCAUUUCUUGUGCUGUGGUAGAUGCUAUAUCCCCCAUUUCAUAAGUGAACAACUGAGACUUAGACAGUGAAACUGGUUGACCAAGAUCACAUAGCUGGUAAGUGACAGAGCAGAGAUUCUAACCUACACAGUCUGGUUCUUGACCCUGUGCUCCCGACCACGGUGCUGCUGCAUCUCUGAUGAACACCCUAACCCUGGCCAGCUAUGUGAAAUCUUGUAUCCCUAGAACAGAAAUGUGCAGGAUAGUGCAAAUCCGUUAAAAUUCCUAGAAGAUUGGUUGAAAAUGCUAUUUUGCUUUAUAAUUACGUCAUUAUUAAUUGGUGAUGCUUUCGAUGCUUUCUAGCAGCACAAUAAAAUGUGUAAGUAAAAAUGUUUAAAUGAGUAAACAGGAGUACAACACAGUAAUUUAUAGACUCAAAUACAUUUCUCUCUGAACUGCCCCAGGGAAAGCAGAAAUACAGAGAGAAAUGAAAUAUCCACGCAACAGGCCAGACAGAUAGACAGGUGACAGUAGGAAGUUUAUCUUAAGCACGAAAUGUGGAUAGCCUACCUACUGCUCAUUUCCAAUGACCAUUCCAUUUUUCUUCUGGCAUUUAAGGUUUUUCAAACAUGUCAGCCAUUGUUCAAUGUAUUUCCUCAAUAAACUAUCCUUAAAACUUCCUAACUGGCUUUUGUACUCAGCACUCCACUGAAAUGUCCUCAGACUCAGCAGUGAAUAAAUAUUGUGUCUUUUCUUAGUUCUUGUCUUAAUCUGUAUUUCAUACUGUUGGGUUUACCCUGUAUCUCAGGAAAUCUCUUCUUUGGCCUGUGGGACCCUCUUUGGUCAUUUUUCUCCAAUUUCUAGCUUUUAUUUUUAUUUUUUCUCUUGCUCUCCACCGAGCAUAUUCACUAGUUUUUCUGUCCUCACCCUAGUUUAUCCGUUUUGAUCGUCAGGAACAAUAUUUACCACCAUCUCUCUACACACCUUGUUACUUGAAAACAGAACUCGUAUCUUAUCCCCCUCUUAUCCCCCAAAUACCAUUU